UGCGCACUAAGAGUUGGCGGGUCGCUGAGGCAUUGGAUGCCUUUUGUCUCGAGAGCCGAAAACGAGAGAUAGAAAGAGGCGGACGUAAAAAUAAAGAGCUUUUCCUCCUGACCUAACUGUAAAUCGCCGUACAUUUAAAACUCAGAACGUACAGUAUAUUCUCGGUUUCGUUCGAACCUAUUUUUUCCUAAAGCUCUGUUGAAGUUGACAAGGAACCAGCUGGUUCCACUGACCCCCCCCUUCCCAGCAAGUAUGAGCGAGCCAACAGAACCCCCUAACGGUGCUCCUCCCACAGAAGCCCCCCCGGCAGAGGUCAAGCUGGCGCCCACUACAGGGAAGAAGCAGACCAAGAAGAAGGUGGAGGAGGUGGUGGAGGAAGAGGAGGAGGAGUAUGUGGUGGAGAAAGUGCUGGAUCGGCGGGUGGUGAAGGGCCGGGUGGAGUACCUGCUGAAAUGGAAGGGCUUCUCUGAUGAAGACAACACCUGGGAGCCGGAGGAUAACCUGGACUGCCCGGACCUGAUCGCCGAGUUCCUGCAGUCGCAGAAGACCGCCCACGAGGUGGAGAAGAAGGAGGCGGGAGCCAAACGCAAGCCCACGGAGUCCGACACGGAGCCCGCCGGGGAGGAGAGCCGGCCCAAGAAGAGGAAAGACGAGCCGGAGAAGCCCCGGGGUUUCGCUCGAGGGCUGGACCCAGAGCGCAUCAUUGGAGCCACAGACUCCAGCGGAGAGCUCAUGUUCCUCAUGAAAUGGAAGAACUCGGACGAGGCAGACCUGGUUCCAGCCAAAGAGGCCAACGUGAAGUGCCCCCAGGUGGUGAUCUCCUUUUACGAGGAGCGGCUGACGUGGCACUCCUACCCCACCGAGGAGGAGGAGAAGAAGGACGACAAGAACUAGCCAAGAAAGAGACGUGGGGGAGGGAGAGGGGAAGGGGGUUAAAAAGCUGACCAGGGUGAGGGUGGGGGUUUUUGGGGAGGGGGGGAGGGGUGCAGUAUUUUCUUAACCACCUUGCUUUUUACCAACCCGGACUGUUUAAGUGGCCUUUCAUUCCACACACAGACAGUACUUUUGGGUGGGCAGGGGGAGGGGCAUCGUGGGAAAUGUAGUUCCCCUUUUCUAUGCCAUUCAGUCUAUUCACCGAUGACCUCUGGUGGGCUGUGCAUCUGUGCAUAUGGUAGUCGGACCGGCUGCUUGUUUGGCUGAGGUGACAUAGUCCUGCGGUGGGGGGGGGGACGGGGGGACGGGGGGGGACAGGGACAGGGUAACCACCGCCAUCCCAGGACAGCUGGACCCAAGCCCUCAGACAUCCGCAGGGUUUUCGGGCUUUAAGUACCAUUUCUCCAGCUCAGUUUCUCCUCUCCUGUCUGCAUCCUCUGCCACUGCCACCCCCCACCCCCCGCUGAGCUAUUUCUGUCCCUCAGGCUGUUUUUAUUGGAACAUAUGUCAGCUGUUGGCCUUUCUUAUCAUGCCAUUAUCAUAUAAUGUGUAAAUAUUAUUUCUUUUAUUUCUUAAGGAAAAUAGGUUUUUAAAAAGAGGGAGAAGGCCAAGGAAUGGCUCAGUGGAGGUCAAAUUCUUUUGGACAAAGAUUCUUCUAGAACUUCUCACUUCGGCUUUUUGACUUCUGCUGCAGUUGAUGAAGAAGGGCCCAAACGCAGGUGCAUUUAACGGCCUGUCAGUCCCCACCCUGGUGGGGGGUGAGCAGAUUGGAAAUGAACUGUUCAAUUAGGUGCAAGCCAAGAUGUGCGUUGCAGAGCUGUAGAACUUGCAGAGCAGUGUUCUAUGAGAGAACUGUGGGUGUAGUGCGGCCGUUUCUUAUCAGUGGUUGUGUGACUGAGGUCUGGCGGUACCUGCCGCAGGGCUAGGUGCGACCAGAUUCACCUUCAUUUUCUUGCUGAUUUAAUGUUUGGUCAUCUAUGGCAGUCCCUCCCUAGAUCAGUAAGAGGACAGUGCUGAGACUGAGGCGCUUGAUUUUGCAGCCGUGAUGCAAUCGAAGAGCGAGUUUUUGGUGUCCUUCUGGCUCUGGCACGUCGAUCCGUUUGAAACGGAGGUGGACAAUGAGGGCCGUGUCUCUCUGGUUUUCAGGCUUCUGGCCCUGGCACUCUCAGCAGAGGACGUUCUGGCUGCAGCUGAAUGCUGCUCCUUGUGUCCCAGCAUGAAACCUACUGUGAUCUAAUGUGUGAGUGAACCAGUGCUGGCGUGUUCAGCCAAUCAGCGCAUAUGCCCAGGGUGACCGGUGGAAACGAACUGCCUGCACACACGCCCGCCCUCUAGGACUGGAAUUACCCGCCCCUGUUCUAGAAUCUGUUACGCCAUUGGCUGAUCAGUCCAGGAGCCCCCCCCCCUCCCCAAAGGUACUCUGUAACCAGUGCUGGAGAGAGAUCAGAGUAUCUGGCAGAUAGCAGAGAUGUGAAACUGUGUUGUCGACUCCAUUUCAUUUCCUGUACUCAUACCUCAGUUCCUUCUUUAUCUGCAGUGUGGACCCUGAGGGCAAUACUCAGGCGUGGGGUGGAGCCUGAGGGCAGUACUCAGGCGUGGGGUGGAGCCUGAGGGCAGUACUCAGGCGUGGGGUGGAGCCUGAGGGCAGUACUCAGGCGUGGGGUGGAGCCUGAGGGCAGUACUCAGGCGUGGGGGGCUCUGCACUCGGUUUGCAGGAGUUUACGAUCAAGGAGGAGGUGGGAGGAGGGGAAACGCCCUGUUCCAAAUCAGCAGCUAAAAAAAAAAAACACAAAGUACAAUAUUUCAUAAUGUGGGGGGCGUUAUACGGUGUGUCGCAAAUGUAAAUCUGUUCCGUUUAACUUCCAGGACUGCAAAAACAGCAACGGCCUCAGCUGGACAUCGUCAGCCGGUCCACAACCGACGCUUCUGUACCGUUAAAGAUGAAAUGGGCGGGGCCGUCUACGGGAAAAUUUCCGCUGGAUUUUAGCGGGAGCAAAAUGGCCAUCGCGGUAUUUAAUACACGCUCACAUGAUCUUUAAAAUGAGCAGCCAGACCCCUCCCCCUCCCUGAGAAACGAUAUCUGUGAAAGAAAAAUAAUUUGCAAUGCAGACUGAAAUGUAAGGUUCAGUCUCCUGAGUCUUACUGAGCCACAUGCACACACAACGGCAGAUUAGGCUUCUUCCUGAAGUGCACACCUGGACGCUCUGGUGCCUGCUCACAGGUCCACAGCCCCCUGCAGCGCACACCUGGACGCUCUGGUGCCUGCUCACAGGUCCACAGCCCCCUGCAGCGCACACCUGGACGCUCUGGUGCCUGCUCACAGGUCCACAGCCCCCUGCAGCGCACACCUGGACGCUCUGGUGCCUGCUCACAGGUCCACAGCCCCCUGCAGCGCACACCUGGACGCUCUGGUGCCUGCUCACAGGUCCACAGCCCCCUGCAGCGCACACCUGGACGCUCUGGUGCCUGCUCACAGGUCCACAGCCCCCUGCAGCGCACACCUGGACGCUCUGGUGCCUGCUCACAGGGUCAGUUGAUAAGUGGCUCCGUUACAUUUUAUUUUUGUUAUUCUCUUUUACAGUAGAAACAAAUUAUACGAUAGAACAAUAUUCAUUUUGUUGCAUGUUAGUUUGUUGCUUUACGUGUGUCUGGGGUAACUUGUCUGUGUUUUUGGAGAAUAAACACUUUUUUGUCA